AUGGUGCACGGGCAUGCACAUCACACCCACGACCACCCCCUUGAGGUGCGUCUAGAGGAGCGGGGCCAUAACGACAACGAUGAUACCAUCAUCGUCUAUACAACCAUAGUCGGUGGCGAUGAUAACGAUAGCGCCGAUACCAAGACUGCGGCGGAGAAGACAAAGGCCACGGAUGUUGGUGUGGGCCCAGCUGUCGGAGUCUCUGCUACGAAGACGACCUCGGAAGAGAGCAAGACCACAGAAGAGGCAACAAAGACUACCGAAGAGGCCAAAACUACUACCAAGGAGGACAAAACAACUACCAAGGAGUCUGAAAAAGAGAGUACCACGGAGAAGGAAACCACUACCUCUGAGACCGAAAAAUCAAAGACAACAGCAGAGGCCACCACAACCGAGCACACUGAAGCUAUCACCACUACGACGGAUAAGGCGCAAACAGGUGCGACUGCGACUCAAACAUCCUUUGUGACCUCCACCUCGUCAACCUCAGCCGACUCUACUACCCAGGAUGUGAAUGGCCUCGAACAUGCUGCGACUGCCAGCGCAUCUUCCACCAAAUCCGCUGCUUCAGCCUCCUCCACAGCGAUCAGCUCUGGGUCAACGGGCCUGUCCUCGGGCGCAACAGCUGGUGUGGCUAUUGGUGUCGUUCUAGGUGUGGGUCUGCUUGCGGCUCUGAUUUUCUUCAUUGUCCGAAAGAAGAAGCGCAACCAGGCAGAUGACCCUCCUCCAAUGGAUGAGAAGAUGUUUAGCGCCCAGAACCUACCCCCUUUCUCAUCUCCUAAGCCAAUGACUCCAUCUCAAGCUCCGAAGCUCAACGUUCGCCCGAUCACCCAAUUUGCACCUGAUCUGAGCAACAGUGCUUCCUUCAACACCGCUAACACUUUCGCUGCCGAUGCAGGCGUUGGUGCAGGGGCUGCGGUCGUCUCGCGCAAUCUGACGGGUGAUGUGCCACCUCCAACUCCACCGAAGUCGGCUGCCAGCUCUCAAAAUCCUUUCACGGACCCGGUCAACCCCUUCAAUACUGCCAGCACGGCAACCUCGGUGCAUUCUCAGAGUCCGACAUCAGUUUCAGGCCCCUCGGGUCCAGCUAUCGCAUCAACAGCUGCUGGAGCUGCAGCCUUGGGAGCUGGUGCCGCCGCUGUAGCCUCCCACGAAUUUGAUACGGCACAGCCCAAUCGACCUGCAUCAAUGGAAUCGGAUGUUCGUCCACCAAACUCGCCUAGCCCCGUUAGUGUUGAUGGCGACUCCGUUUCGUCAGCAGCAAUGAUCGCUGGCGGUGCUGCUGCCGCAGGUGUUGGCGGAGGUGCUGGUCCUGGGCCGUUGAACGUGUACCGUGUACAACUGGACUUCAGCCCGUCACAAGAAGAUGAACUUGAACUCCUAUCCGGCACCCUCGUCCGGAUGCUUCACGAGUAUGACGAUGGAUGGGCCCUGUGCGUCCGCCUUGAUCGAUCUCAGCAAGGAGUUGCUCCUAGAUCGUGCCUGUCUUCUCGCCCUGUCAAGCCUCGCCCGCGUCCGCCACCUGGUGCCCCUGGCCCUGGCCCCCGUGGCCCGCCGAUCAUGGGCCCUAACGGCCACCCAAUGCCACCAAGAGGUCGCGGUCCACCCUCGGGACGAUUUUAUCCCACAGACGCCCGGCCAAGAUCGCCAGCCGGCCCUGGAUACGGUGGCCCACCUCGCCCAUACGCCGGUGGACCCGGCCGUUCAAUGUCGCCCGUCGGGCAAUUCCCCGUCCCUAGAUCUAUGAGCCCCGGUCCCCGGUCUAUGUCCCCAGGCCCCCGCUCUAUGUCUCCAGGACCCGGCAUGCGACCCGGUCCACGGGCAAUGUCACCAGGCCCUGGCUAUAAUGGUCCCCGUUCCAUGAGCCCAGGACCCUACGGCCCGGGAAUGCAGCGACCAGUAAUUCCCGCCAACCAGCGUCAACGAAGUAACAGCGCAGGCAACAUCUCCCCACCAAAUGUUGGCGCCGCAGCCCCGCCUCGAUCGAGUCCACUGGCUGUAGCACAGCCUCCAGCGCCCGCUCCUACAGGCGAUCUUCCCGCUAUCCCCAGCUCUGCUCCGAGCUCUCCUGAAUCCCAAAUCAGCAGGAAACCUGUUCAUGCGGACUUCUAA